AACACUGGCUUGAAUCUGUCGUAACAGGCGGUCUGCAUUUAGUUUUAUUUGGAAUAAAAAACAUGAAUAAAAUAACCCGUGCCUUUAUUAGCGUACUGCAGCACAGCAACAAAUCAUAUGGAAGCGCUACGCUGCUCGGUCGCCAGUUGUCCUACAAAAGUGAUUUGUCUCUAGAUAAAAUCUAUCCAAAUGCCCGUCUGCAGCUCUACACGCCGCCGCCUCCACCACCUGGCAGUGGCGACAAAUUCAAUGGCUAUAUACCCAUGGAUAAGCUGGAGAUCAGCUACAGUCGCAGCUCCGGGCCGGGUGGCCAGCACGUCAACACCUCGAAUACCAAAGUCGAUGUGCGGUUUAAGCUCUCGGAGGCGCACUGGAUACCGGAGAAGACACGCGAGAAGCUGUUGAAAGCGCUGGCGAACAAGCUCAACAAAGAAGGCUACUAUUUCAUCAAAAGCGAUUUGACUCGCUCCCAGCAAAUGAAUCUGGCUGAUGCGCUGGAGAAGCUGCGCUCGUUAAUACGCGCCCAGGAGCUCGAUGAGCCAACGGCGCCCAGUGAGGAAACUGUGGAAAAGCUGCGCCGCCGCCAGGAGAAGGCGGCCAGGGAGCGGCUGCAGCUAAAACGCUCUCGUAGUCAGACCAAACGGGAUCGUCAGGCAUAAUCAAUUUAUAGUUUCUAAUUGGCCAAACAACAGUUUUUGUUAAAGAUUAUACAUUAAAUAUUUAAA